UCUGUACACACGUCUCUUGAGUCUUGACUCUUGAGAGGCGUGAUUUUAUUUAGUGAUUUGUCAUUAAUAUUAUGUGCGGUGAUACAGUAAAUAAAGUUAAUUACAGAAAUCCGUUGACCGGUGAUAAUAUAUAAUAAAAAAACAUCAAUUAAUUGUCCAGGCCUAACGUCUAGUUCAGAAAACCUCUAUUUUGAUUAAUUGACAAUAAUAUCCUAAUAUUCAAGAUUGCGCUUGUGUAAAUAUUAAAACAACUAAUUUGAUUAAUAUAUAUUUAUCGAUAAACAGUAAACUGUAUAGAAGCCUAGAAAUGGACGGAGUUGUUGAGGUCAAUGAGAUUUCGGAUUUUGUGUCCUACAUAAAAAGUAUUGAAUGGCGUGAUCCUUGGCUCAUAGCACUAUUAUCAUUCCAUGUGUUAGUCACAUUUACCUGCUUCUCCACACGAAAUUAUGGAAAUUUUCAAAUUAUCCUCUUUAUCACACUAUUGUUAUUGGUAUACUUUUCUGAGAGCAUUAAUGAAGUAGCUGCAAGAAAUUGGACAUUAUUUUCAAGACAACAAUACUUUGACAGCAAGGGUCUUUUUAUAUCAGUUGUAUUCUGUAUACCUAUAUUAUUAAACUGUAUGAUUAUGGUGGGCUCAUGGCUUUAUCAAUCAACACAAAUUAUGACGAAUCUUAAGAAAGCACAACUCCGUCAGCGGCUUAAAGAGCUAAACAUGAACAAGGGAAAGAUGACAAAGUCGGAUUAGGUACCAGUCGUUGAGGUGGGAAUUGGUAAGAUUAUUUAGGUUUGUCCCUUGCCUCAAUCUGUGGUAACAUGUCUAUGGGUACAGCCCCGUAGGUAGAACAAAUAUUAUUUUGUUAUUGACGUAAUGUUGCCAGGUGAGACAUGAAAUUAAUUUUGAUGCAUCUGUCUGUAACCUUGGCGAGAAUUUUUGAUGCAUAUAAAGAUUUCUUCUAUAAAAUUAAUUGUUCACUUCUAUUAUAAGAAUGAUACUGUCCACUAUCUUUAUCCAUAAUUUGCUAAAUAAUAAAAAUUUAAACGCAUUUUAUACAUAUUUUUAGAAGAAUAUUGUAUGUAUAGAGUUCCUAUUUUCACACAUUCAAAUUUCAAUACAGACUUGUAUAAGGACAGAUUAUUUCUAAUGUAGGAUAUUUUAAUAUUAUAAAUGCGAAAAUAAAAAGGUAGCAGUACCUAUUUAUAGAUGUGAUUUGGAAAAGAAACAAACAUUCGCACAUAGAAAAUGUACGAACUCGCGGUCACGGCUAGUGUUAAUAAUAUAUGUAUUGGAACUAAAUCAAGAAAUGUCUAUUGCUAUAUUAGGAAAAGCUAUCGAGUACACUUUCAGAUCUAGAUUUCAUAUUUAAAACUCGUUAGACCCACUACAUAACAUUAAAAGGAACACGAUUGUGUUUCACUAAGAAACUUUUUCGCUCCUACAAUCCUAAAUUGAACUUUUAAAUUUAUCCUUAUUGCCGUCAUUGCCGUGAAGACCCUAAUUUAUCUAUGAUAAUAACAAACUUAGUUUCAUUUUACAAAUAUAUUUGAUAUGAUAGCCAUUGUCUCUAAUCAUAAAGAAUGGCUUAUUCGAAACCUAAUAUAUUUAGUUUAAAACUCGUAAUAUUGUUCUGUAUAAUUCCAUCUAAAAAUCAGUGUUGGUAUAAAAGAUUAGUCUUUAGUUUGUGAAUCCGUUUUCAUCUAGAUAUAAAUCAACUUGUGACCUUGAAUAAGAUUGUGCCAAAGUGCACUGUGCAUAUAAUAAUUAACACUACACGUUUAUUAUCAUCAACGUUUUGAAUCUUAUGUAAUCAUCGCAGUGAAACAACUUAAAAAUAAACAUUCGACGUUACGCAAUUAUGUUAAUGAGAUAUUCAAGGACAGUAUAUUUUUGUGACUUUGACAGAUAAUUUUCCUCAAAAAUAUAAGUGUAUGUUCACAGAGUAGAAUAAUAAUGGUGUAAAAGAGAGGUAGAGAUGUGCAUAAACAAUUUCAUUUCACACAAGUAAAUAGUCACGUAGUUUAAUACGUAGUUAAUUAACCUAACCAUUUUUUUAUCGGCACAGUACAAGACACAGGAGAACAGACACAUUUCUUUCAUUAAUCGGUUUUAACGGGGUGGACUAUCUAGUUACUGCGAAACAGUUACUGUUUCGUUGGGAAUCCACGACUUUCAGUACAUUUGCAAUGUUCUCACUGAUUGUUGCUUGUUUUUUUAUCAUUCUUCUCUAUUUCCUUAAAUAAUUGUUCGGAAUUAUUUUUUAUAACUAACAAGAGUCGUUAAGAACGUACAUAUUAAUGCUAGAAAUGUUUAUUAUGAAAAGAAAUAAGGUCACCAAUAUUACUUUUAUUGGAUUAGGUUUCGUCUGAACUGGUAGGAGUAGGUAUAUAUAUGCAGCUCAGCAAUGCAUGCAUAUAUAUUUUCAUAUAUUAUUAUACAACAAAAAUUGACUCGCGGGAUUAUUCACUUUAACCUUCAAUGAGCUAAAGAAAGUUUUGUUUAGUUUAACGUGUAUGUGAUAAGGUCAAACACUCAAUAGCAAUUCUAUUUCGAAAUUAGGUAUGAGCGAGAAGUCAAGAACAUGCAAAUAUGUGCAAGUCCAUUGAAGUAUUCCAUUUUAUAGACAUUACCUUUAAAACAAAAUGGAAUUAGAAAUACGCUAAUCGGAUUUACUAUUAUCAUUGAUUAUAUAAUUUGAUUAAACUGGAUCUUAUUGGAUUAAUGAAAACAUGUCGUUUUCGAUAAUACGUAGCUCCAAACGGAAAUUACUUAAAAUCUUUCAGCUAUAGCCACGCUUUGAGAUUAUAUUUGGUUUAAUGUAAAUUGUGUAGGAUCGUGCGUUUAAAAAAUAUAAAGAAAUUCAUGAAUUAGGUAAUAUAACACGGGAUGUAACAUAUUUUAUUCUCCUUAAAUUUGGAGAGAAAACCUCCAAAUUGGCAACAUAAAAUGAAACCAGCGCGUUUGUCAAUCGUGACAAUGUCAUUUUUGUAUGACAAUUUACAUUUACAGCUAGGUCCGCGAUUUCGUUUACGUGCAAUAGAGCAUUUUUUAACAUGAUCACAUCUACCUUUAUCUUAAAGAAGCAAACACUUUCGCAUUUAGAAUAUUAAUAUAGCUGUAAUUUUUAUUAACGCCAAUGUUUUUGAAAUUCUAUUUUUGACACAAGUUUUGUGACGUUACAUAUUAGUAUUUUCUUUUCCUACUUUCUACAACUGGCGAUCUACCCUCAGUGCCUGAACUAAUUUAUUAAUUUUUGUACAAUACAAUACAACGUACCGUAUGUACUUUGAUAAAUUAGCUUUAAAAAGCGCGUUUGGCAUUAACUCUUUCUUCGUAUAUCAUCAGCAAUAGCUUCGCUUCUUUGUACUUAAUAUUGUUAAUAAAUGAAUGUUGAAUGCGCAAAUACACGCAAUUACAUUAAGGAGCUGCUCAAAACUAUUGCUGUCUCUAUUUAGCAUGCUUAGAAUUUAAAUAAUUGUUAGAUUUGAGUGGCCUUUGAGUAGAAGAACGUAUGUAGAUGCCAUAAUAAUAUCAUUAUAUUUAGAUAUAAGCAUUUAUGUAACGAGCUUGACGAGGGAAUGUUAUUUGUGCUGUAAAAAGUGAUUGCGGACAAAAAAUUGUAUGUUUGUAUGAUGAAAUUAUUCCUUGAUUGUAUGUUCGUUUACUCAGUUUAAAUCUUAACCAUCAAGUUGAUUUUGAUUUUAAAAAUUGGAAAUGCGUUCCGUUUCAAUAUUUUAAUUGCAAAUUAAAUGUGAAAUAUUUUGGCAGAAUAUAAUAAAAUAAAUAAUACGAAGAACCUUAAAAAUAUGAGGACAAUAAAAAUUCCAAUUAUUCCCAGUGACGUACAAGUAUCUAAACAAUAGAUGAAAGUCGGGUUUGAUUACAAUUCGUCAAACGAAAAGCGGAUGGUGUCGAAAGUCUGUGGUGCGUAGAUACUGUUGACCAAAACAUACGAAGGAAAUGCGGAAACAUUUCGAUUAUCCCUCCCCUAACCCCAUACAAGACAGUUGUUUGCGACUCUCAAGAUAAAUGUUGAUAUUCAUUUGAAUAUUAUCAUGGACUAAACCAAUUAUUACCUGCACAUUGACAAUCACAUUAGGCCAGUUUGAUAUAGGAAACUACGUCAUUUGUACAUCACAUUUUGCCAUUAAGAUUAGUCCAUUUUGUCUAGCACUUGUUACUAAUUUAUGGAAGACUGAAUGUGUGAUUUGAAUUUUGGUUUCGUUAUAGUCACGCUAGUUAUUUUAUUUAGGUUAAGAGACAUGGUCGAAUAUUCAAUCCGCCGGUUAGUAAUUUUCAGUUAAAAUAUUUUUUUUUUGUCUUAUUUCAUUGAGUAUCCGUCCAUGAAGUCAGUGCAAUAUGCUUUUUUAAUUUUAUGGUCGUUAACGAUUGACCUUGUAAAAGAAUAUGGUCUCAUUUGAACCUAAGAUUUAUAGUUCUUAGUGCUAAGUGUAACUCAAAUUCGUUUUGGACACGCCAGUUAUACUUAGCGCUGGGCCUCGACUAUGAAUCUUAUCUUAAGACUUGCAAAAUUCUGUAUUCAAUUUAUUAAUUGACACGCAUAUGUAUAUUGUAGUUAUUGCGUAUAUGUGAUUUUAUUUAAUAGGAAUUAAUAUUGUGUUUACAUUAUAGUAGGUAUGCUUACUAACAUUGUAAGCUAAGAAUUGGUUAUUGGAUAAAUAAAGUAUUUGUUUGAAAA